CCAGCUUCAGUUGCAGGCUGUUGGAGCUCGAGACCGUCCACCAAUCCCGCACCCCUCCGAUUCCCCGAAGAGAGGUGCGAUUCACCAUGUCCUCAUUACGAACGACCGCCUCGGCCGCGCGGCUGCUGCGCACCGCGUCGCACGCCCGCACCGCCGCCGUCCCCGCCGCGCGCCGCUACGAGAGCUCGACGACGACGACGGCGACGGCGACGAGUGUUCCGGCCAAAACCGAGCAGGAGAAGAAGGAGACCUCUCCGAUGGCCACGCUCCCGCGGAAUGCUCCCGACUAUAACGUACCCAUUGACAUGGCGACCAACACCUUCACCCCGGUGCCGAAGCACGUCCAAGACGGCAGUGAGGAGAACGUUACUCCUGCUGGUCUUCUUUCCGGAGCGCCGAUGGAGCUGCAGGCCAGGACAGUCCGCAUCUACAAGCCCGCUAAGCCGGCCACCCAAUCCGGCGAGCACGGCAGCAGCCGGUGGCGCAUGGAUUGGGAUGUGCUGGGCAAGGGCCACCGGUGGGAGAACCCGCUGAUGGGAUGGCAGUCCUCGGGCGACUUCAUGCAGGGCACCCACAUCAACUUCAAGACCAAGGAAGACGCCAUCGCCUUUGCCGAGAAGCAAGGGUACGAGUACUUUGUGCAGGAGCCCAAUGAGCGCAAGUUUGUGCCGAAGGCCUACGCCAACAACUUUCUGUACUCGCCCGGCAAGCUCAAGCAUAUCCGCACCAAGUAAAGGUAUAUGGGAGGAUGAUGUGGGCGACGGGUUUGUUGUACAUAGUGUGUCAUCGUCAUCCGGGAAUAUCGGUGCUCGCUGGUGGACUAGGGGUCUUCAUUUCAUAGAAUGCGAGGCACUAUGGAAGAUUGCGCAAAUACAAUGUGGGUGUUUGCUGUGCGGGCAGUGCUGCGGAACGCUGUAGACGUCUAGUAGACUGUAUCAUGCUUAGGGGCGGUCCAAGCUCUUAUAUUAUUCAUUUCCGAGC